UAUACACUUUAUUUCUAUCCCCCUAUCUCUAUCUUCCAUUUCCUUCCACCUCACACUCCGCCUCUCAUUCAUGGCUUGCUCAGCUCCUUCUGCUUCUCUCCUAUCUCCAAACCCUAACACACUCUUCUCUCCCAAAUUCUCUUCUCCGCGUCUCUCUUCUCUCUCCAUCCCCAAUGCCUCCAAUUCACUCCCCAAACUACGCACCUCCCUCCCUCUUUCCAUCAACCGCACAUCCUCCUCCCGCCGCAGUUUCGCCGUUAGGGCUUCUAGUGAAUUACCAUUAGUUGGGAACUCAGCGCCGGAUUUUGAAGCUGAAGCUGUUUUCGAUCAGGAGUUUAUCAAGGUCAAACUAUCUGAAUAUAUUGGGAAGAAAUAUGUUAUCCUCUUUUUCUACCCAUUGGAUUUCACAUUUGUUUGUCCCACUGAAAUCACUGCUUUCAGUGACCGCCAUGCAGAGUUUGCAGAACUUAAUACCGAGAUAUUGGGUGUUUCAGUUGACAGUGUGUUCUCGCACCUUGCAUGGGUUCAAACAGAUAGAAAGUCAGGUGGUCUUGGCGACUUGAACUAUCCUUUGAUUUCUGAUGUCACCAAAUCCAUAUCAAAAUCUUAUGGUGUUCUCAUUCCUGAUCAGGGGAUAGCAUUGAGAGGAUUGUUCAUUAUUGACAAGGAAGGGGUUAUUCAACAUUCUACCAUCAACAAUCUCGGAAUUGGAAGAAGUGUUGAUGAGACAAAGAGAACUCUCCAGGCUUUGCAGUAUGUGCAGGAGAACCCAGAUGAAGUUUGCCCUGCUGGGUGGAAGCCUGGUGAGAAGUCCAUGAAACCAGACCCCAAGCUUAGCAAAGAGUACUUUUCUGCUGUGUAGAAUGGCUAAUAGUAAAUUGCUAUGAGUAUCAACUACUCAUCUGUAUCAUUUGGGAUGUAAAAGGAUUUUGUUUUAUGUAAUUCUAGCCAUUUUAAAUUAUGAGGUCGAUGGGCUUAGGCUCGUGUAAUCACACAAUAAUAAAAAUUAUGAGGUCCAAAAGUGUGUGGUUACAGAAGCAUGCUUGCGUACCUUGAUUUUGGAGUGAUUUAUGAAUUAAUGUAUUAUUUGUAUAUCAUGUAUGUGUAUGAAUAAUACUUUCAUUUAUAAUGAAA